UAAUGUAACAAUUGAAAAUGCUACGGAGUACAGAGUACUUUAGAUCAACUAUAAAAAAAGACCUUUAUAUCUCGCUUCACUUCUUCCUCUCCUUAAAUUGCAAACUCCACUACAAUAAAAAUAAUCAAAGAGAUCAUAAGGUUCAUAUACUUCUUUGUCAAUAGUAUAGUAAAUUUACUAAUAAUGGAAAAUCAUGUUGUUUGCAUACCAUUUCCAGCACAAGGUCACAUAAGGCCUAUGCUAAAACUUGCUCAACUCCUCCAUUUUAAAUUCGAUUUUAGCAUAACUUUCAUAAACACGCACCACAUCCACCAAACCUUUUUCAAACAUCAACAUCAUUCUUCUGGUAACAAGACUCAUCCCUUCUUUAGGUUCGAGUCCUUACCAGAAGACGAUGAUCCAAAAGAUAUUCUUUCUGUCGUCAACUCUAUAAUCGCUAACAAUCUGGAGCUCCCGCUUAAGGAGCUCCUAGCGACACAACUUCAUAGUAGUAAUAAUAGUAAUAGUAAUUGCUCGCAACCGCGAGUUAGUUGUAUGAUUAGUGAUGUUGCUAUGUCAUCCUUUACACUUAGAGUGGCUGAAGAAUUGGGGAUCCCUGCUGUGCUUCUUGAGACUGCUAGUGCUUGUAGCCUUCUAGCUUAUUCACAUUGCCGCCAACUUCUUGACAAGGGUAUCAUACCCCUCCAAGACAAUAGUUGGCUGACAAAUGGAUAUCUUGAAAAGACAGUAGAUUGGAUACCAAGUUUGAAGGGUAUAUCCUUAAAAGACAUGCCAACUUUUAUUAGAACAAUAGAGCCAAACGAUAUUAAUCAAAUGAUGCUCGAUAUUCUUAUGUCAAAUGCACAUAGAGCUCUCAAGUCUCAAGCCAUCCUCAUCAACACAUUUGAUGCCUUGGAACAAGAUGUCCUAGAAGAUCUCUCCACCAUUUCUCCUAACAUUUAUCCAAUUGGACCCCUUAAUUUGAUGGUGGAUUAUCAUAUCUCUAAGAAGGACACCAUUAAUAUUGGAGCAACUGCUAUAUGUAACGAAGAAAAUUCAAUUGAUUAUGAGCAUAUAAAAUGGCUUGAUACUCAAGAGCCUAAAUCUGUUCUCUAUGUAAGCUUUGGCUCCCUUGUUGGAGUCGAUCAAGAGACAUUUAUUGAACUUGCAUGGGGGCUUGCAAAUAGCCUUGCAAGGUUCUUGUGGAUUGUAAGAUCGGAUCAAGUUGUUGAAGAGAGGUUUACUCUUGAAUUUAAUCGAUUUAGGGAAGAAAUAAAGGCUAGGGGUGUGCUAAUUGAUUGGUGUGACCAAGAGCAAGUAUUAGCGCAUCCUUCUAUUGGAGGGUUUUUUACACAUUGUGGUUGGAAUUCAACAAUCGAGAGCAUAAGUUAUGGGGUACCAAUGAUUUGUUGGCCAUUGGUCGCGGACCAAUCGACUAAUUCUUGGCACUGUUGUAAUCGUCUUGGCAUUGGUAUGAAGAUGAGCGAAGAAGUUAAAAGAGAUUAUGUUCAAAGGGUAGUGAAAGAGUUGAUGGAGACAGAAAAUGGUAAAGAGAUGGGGACCAAGGUUGCAAAGUGGAGAAACAUUGCAAUAGAAGUAACCAUGAGUUCACAUGGAUCCUCAUAUGAUAAUUUAAACAAUGUAGUUAAUAAUGUAUUAAAAGUACAUCAAUAAGUCAGUAUUAAUCUUGUAUGUUGUUGGUCAUGAGAGAUUAAUUACGUUAAAUGCAAAAAAUGGUUAAUUUAAUAAUGUUUGAAUUA